AUGAGUGUAACUAAUAUCAUUGGUAAACUACCAUCAUUGAAACUAUUCCAGAGAGCACUGGCUAAUGGUGAUAGAGUGGCCAUCGUUAAUAAUGUAGUCGUCCACAACAACAACAGUACCAACAAUCAAUCAUCAUCAUUCACUUACAAUCAAUUACUUCAUGAAUCAUACUUGAUACAACAACAACUCACACAUAAUUUGACAUUACGUAAUCAGUCACCUGACUUGGAACAACAGCGUGUGGCAUUCAUUGCCGCACCUGGCUUUGACUAUGUUCGCACACAGUGGGCUGCAUGGCGUGCUGGUGGCGUAGCUGUGCCAUUGGCCAUAUCACAUCCAGAGAGGGAGUUACACUACACACUGACCAACUCGCAGCCCUCACACUUGGUGACCACAUCCGCAAUGCAGGACAAGGUGUCAUCAUUGGCUAAAGAAUUGAACAUCCCUCUGAUCGUACUGCCUCCACCUUCAAAUGAUAGAAUUGUUGUGGACCCUGUUGAGGCAGCCCACCACAAUACACCAUUUGACUCGAGAAGGAAUGCCAUGAUGAUAUAUACAAGUGGAACAACGGGCAAGCCAAAAGGUUGUGUGACAACACACAACACGGUCCAAGCUCAGGUCACUGCAUUGGUCGACGCAUGGAAAUGGGUCCCAGACGACAGGAUACUACACAUACUCCCUCUGCAUCAUGUACAUGGUGUAAUCAACGCACUGACUUGUGCCCUCUGGAGUGGCGCCACAGCUGAGAUCAUGGACAGAUUUGAUCCUCACGCUGUCCAUGACCGCAUCAUCGCUGGAGCAAACCCUGGAAGCGGUAUGUCGCCAAUAUCCCUGUUCAUGGCCGUGCCAACGAUAUACUCAAAGUUGGUGUCAACGUUUGAUGCCACUACCGAUGCAGCAACACGUCAAAGGAUGUCGGCUGCAUGGAGGACAUUGCGACUGAUGGUCAGUGGAUCGGCAGCCCUGCCGGCGCCACUCUUUGACAGAUGGGAAACCAUCACUGGCCAGCGAUUGCUCGAGCGCUACGGUAUGACAGAGAUUGGCAUGGCCCUAUCCAACCCUUACGAGAUGGCCGGACGACUGGGGGGAACUGUGGGCUAUCCGCUGCCCGGAGUGGAUGUGCGUGUCGAGGACGAUGGCCAGCUCCUUGUGAGGGGUCCACAGCUCUUCAAAGAGUACUGGCAGAGACCGGAUGCGACCAAGGAAUGCUUCACAGACGAUGGAUACUUCAAGACUGGUGACACGGUUGCAGUGGACAACACUGGCAGAUUCAGCAUCCUUGGACGAACAAGUGUGGACAUUAUCAAGUCUGCUGGAUACAAAAUCAGUGCACUGGACAUUGAACGUGAGCUACUCGCACAUCCAUCCAUCCUUGAUGUCGCAGUCAUUGGUUUACCAGAUGAACAAUAUGGACAAACAAUUGGUGUCAUCCUUGUUGCCAAACCUGAGCUUCAACAAUGGUGCAAACAAAGAAUGGCACCGUAUAAGCAACCAAGACAACUGUUGUGGCUGGUAGAGAUACCAAAGAAUCCAAUGAUGAAGGUCAACAAGAAGUCAUUGGUCCAGUUAUUUGCCAACAACAACAACAACAACAACAAUAGUGGAAGUGGCAGCUCAUAG